CUCGAAUUGAGCACAGAAUGGUUAAACGAGUUUAGCGUGCGCCAAUCUACGGUUACUUCAGCAACAGAAAAACGCCACACCGUACGGACUGGCAAUGUUCAACACGGCUAGAUCGUUCAGUUGUUUUCAUAUCGUCGUUUCAUCGCAAUCGCAGUAGAUUUCUUGAAUGAAAAAUAGCAAAAAUAGCAAAAAUAUAAAAACUGUAGGAAAUAGCACGCGAUAACUCGUUAGCUCUCAUUAAUAUCAAAUUAGUUCCAUGCAUAACCAUAGAAUUUAUUCAUAAAAAUAGAGAAGUAAAUAAUUAUUGAAUAACUCGGAGUGAAUUUAAUGGAUUAAAGCUGUUUUGAAGAACAGUUGGGCAUUGCUGUAUUAGAAGAAUUACUACUGCAGGGCGAAAUGAGUGCAAAUAAAAUGUUGAAAAGGAAUCUGCAACUAAUUCCACGUAUCCUGGGAACAAAUGGUCUAUCUUCGUUCGUUUUAAUACGCCGGCUCUCCGCCUCGAUUACAAAAACUGUCGAAGCUCACAAAUUCUAUCCAGCUUACCUUCACUACGUCGGCAAAGAACCGUUGGUGUACCGUAACGUUGGUCAACAGCUGGAGAAAACCGUUGCCGAAUAUGGCAGCACCGAAGCCAUUGUUUCGUGUCACGAACAAAAACGAUACACAUUCCGCAGCCUCAUCGAAGAAGUCGAUCGCGUGGCGGCAGGUCUGUUGAAACUGGGUUUGAAACAAGGCGAUCAUUUCGGUAUUUGGGCGCCGAACAAUAUGCAUUGGUAUCUGACGAUGUUAGGCGCAGCGCGCGCCGGUCUGGUGUCGGUCGCUAUAAACUCCGCCCUUCAAGCUCGCGAAUUAGACUACUGCCUUAAGAAAGCUAAAGUGAAGGCCGUAAUAAUGUCGGAAACAUUUAAAUCCCAAAAUUUUUACGAAAUCAUGAAAAGUAUCUGCCCAGAGUUGCCGGAUAGUGUUGAUGGCCGUAUAAAUAGUGCCAAUCUGCCACAUCUGAAACACGUCAUAAUCGACACACCCAACAGGCUGAAAGGCGCGCUCAGCUUCGACGAUUUGCUCGGCUUAAGUAACCGAACUGAAUUUGAGGCAAUCACACAACUGCAAAGGCAUAUAGCGCCGGAUAGCGCCUGCAAUAUUCAAUUCACCUCGGGCACCACGGGUCAUCCCAAGGCUGCAGUUAUUUCGCAUUAUCAUUUCGUGAAUAACGGUAUACACAUCAGUAAUCGCAAUCAAUUCGACAGUAACACCCGAAUUUGCGUGCAGGUGCCACUCUUUCAUGCGUUCGGCACUGUUAUUACUAUAAUGGCUGCAAUGGAUAAAGGCAGCACUUUGGUAUUGCCAGCUGCUGGGUUUAGUCCCGCGGACUCACUGAAAGCGAUCGUCGAUGAGAAAUGUACCGUGAUACAUGGCACACCUACUAUGUAUGUGGAUCUAAUUAAGAAACAGCGUGAGCUGAAACUGCCUUUGAAGACGGCGAAAAUGGCCGUAACUGGGGGUGCGCCAUGUUCGCCGCAACUCUUUUUGGAUAUCAAAAACGUGCUGGGCUUGGAGCGAGUGCAAACGGUUUUCGGCAUGACUGAGACGACGGCUAUUAUUUUCCAAACACGACCCGGUGAUAGUAUGGAUCAAAUUCUGAAUACCGUUGGACAUCUGCAGGAUCACGUCGAAGCCAAGGUGAUCGAUGCUGAGGGUAAAACCUUGAGCUUCGGUGAAUCUGGUGAGCUAUGCGUGCGCGGUUAUUUGACGAUGUUGGGUUACUAUGAAGAUGAAGAAAAAACUAACGAAACUAUUGGACGCGAUGGAUGGCUAAGAACAGGUGACCAAUUUAUUUUGCAAGCGGAUGGUUAUGGGCGUAUUGUUGGACGUCUAAAGGAGAUGAUCAUUCGUGGUGGUGAGAAUAUAUUCCCGAAAGAAGUCGAAGAUUUCCUCAACUCUCAUCCGGAUAUUUGCGAAACUCACGUUGUUGGCGUGCCUUGCGAACGCUUGGGUGAGGAGCUGUGCGCCUUCGUGCGCCUACAAGAUGGCGUCACGAAAAUCUCACGCGAUGAGAUUAAAGAAUUUUGCAAAGGAAAGUUGGCCCAUUUCAAAAUUCCCCGUUAUGUGAUACGCGUUGAUAAUUUUCCGAAAACUGCUUCGGGCAAAAUACAGAAAUUCAAACUCGUUGAGCUGUAUGAAAAGGAGCAUCAGGCGCAAUAAAAACGCAAUUAUUUUCAAAUAUUGAUUUUCGUAAAACUAAAUUUUAUUGCAUUUAAUAGUUUUAAGUUGAAUUGUUCUAUAUACAUAAAUUACGACUUUAUACUUUUUAUUAAAAUAUAGUAUUUGGCGAAAUAAACCUCCCUGCUAUUUAUAUGAGA